UUCAACGACCUCCCGCUAACAGCCAUCCACCAACACCGAGCCCCAACCCCAAGCAUCCCCCAAACUCCCAAUCCCUCGCACCUCCAUCCCUGCCUCCCAUGGCUGUGCCUCGGCGGUGGGCGAACCUCGACAUCAAAUUGGUGACGGAGAUCAUGAACCGCGUCCCAUGCCCAAUCGACCGCGCGCGGAUGGCCGCCGUUUGCCAGGCGUGGCUCGCGGCGGUCGCGCAGGCAGAGCCUUCGACAUUUCAGCUCCCGUCGCUCCUCCUCCCGCCCGCGGACGUGACUGGCGUCUACUGCUACCUCAGCGGUUGCCGCGAACACAACAUGUUGCCCUUGCCCUUGCCCUUGCACGGGCCCCGCUACUUCGGCUCGUACGACGGCGGCUGGUUCUUCCUCGCCUGCUACCAUAGUUGCGCGCACCGGCUGCUCAACAUCCGCACCGGAGACUGCCGCGCGCUACCCGACGUGUUGGAGCGUCACGCCGAUCACAAAGUCCACAGCAUGGUCAUCCUCGCCGCCACCCUCUCCUCCCCGCCUGAUCACCAGCAUUGGAUCGCCGCGGCCAUCGUCACCUACCAACCGGACCUCAACGGGCCGCACCGGCGCCACUUCGCGUUCUGGCGCGCAGGGGAUAAGGUGGCCCUCGACUGCGACGUUUUGCCCGCCGCGCUAGUUGGGCCAGGUUGGGAACUGGAGGACGUCGCGUGUUACCGGGACUCCUUCCAUUUCCUCACCAAAGAUGGGCAUAUCCUCGUAUGCGGAGGGGCCUAUGAUGAUAAUGGUGAGGUUAUUCAGGUAGCGCUGUUGGCGUUAACGUGCUGUCAGAUCGAAGCCGAGUGCAGUGACGAGCAGUUCGUCCGCGCUCGCUACCUCGUGGUAUCCCGCGGGGAACUGCUGAUGGUCGUCAGGCUCGCUGCCCACCGUCACGCGCCGACGUCGUCGUUCAAGGUGUUCCGGAUGUAUAUCACCGAGGCAGACGAUAAGAUUAGGGGGCUGUUUGGUAGCACGACUAAGCCACCACGCCGCACCACAGUUUUACCGCACCAGGUGUGGCGGCCGAUUCGACCGCCGCGGCACCAAACUAGCCUUAGGACCUGGAUCGAGCUGAGUGCGUUGGGUGGCCGCAUGCUGUUCGUGGGGCGAGGAUGCUCCAGGUCCUACGAGGUGCGUGAAUACCCGGGGUUCAAGGAAGGCAUCUUCUUCUUGGAUGAUCGGAGCUUCUACGAUGCCGAGAUGACGUUCGGCGGAGUCAAUGAGAGGCCGCGGUACCCUUGCAACGACAUCGGCAGGUGGUCGCCGCCGGAAGGGCCGCUGCCUUCCCACGUCGAACUCUACUUCCCGGAGCGGGUUCCUUCGUACAACUCUCCUCCGGCUUGGCUUCUCCCUUGAGAUCGCAGGUUUAGGGUUACGAAAUCCGUUGUGUUUUAGUGGGAUAAAUCAUGUGUGUGUUCGUCUUGCGAUGGGUGUUGGUUCUGUUAACAGUGAGACAGUAGCUGAAAUUGUAUUGCAACUAAGAUUCAGAUGUGUUCUGUCUGCUUUGUCUAGUGUUCCAACUGUACUGUACUUUGUGCUACUCUUAUCAGUUUACAGACAUAUGUGCAGAAAUAGUUUUUGAUGGGAA